AUGGUCCUGUCGGGCGAGAGCUACGCCUGGUCGCCGCCCCUCCCUCCCUCGCUCUUCACCACGCUGGCCUUUGUCCUCGCCGUCGUUGGCCUUGCUCUUGGUGCUGCCUUCUUCCUCCACCAGGUUACCACGGCUGCUUCCGCCAAGGGCCUUCCCGUUGAGCUUGGUCUUGCGGCUGCUGCCUCGGUCACCCUUGGUCUUGCUGGUCUCUUCAUCAUGCUCUCUGUCGGAAUCUACGUCUGA